UUUUUUUUUUUUUUUUUUUUUUUUUUUUGGUUCUUUUUUUCGGAGCUGGGGACCGAACCCAGGGCCUUGCGCUUCCUAGGCAAGCGCUCUACCACUGAGCUAAAUCCCCAACCCCGUUACCCCGAUUCUUAAUUUAAACCCAGCUAAAAGCAGUUAGCAAUGAUCAUAAACUACUCUACAUACUGGACUGCUUUGGAAUUUGUUCUACCAGAUUAGUCUGUAACCUUUAAAUAAGCCUUCCACAGAGUUUCAGGACACAGACAAAAUGUGGAGUUUCUCUUUGAUAAAGUAAUAUAAGUGAUCUCUAGUCCAGUUGGUAUGCAUCUGAAACCACAUGGGUACAGUCUUUCAUGGCCAUAUUUCUGUGGUAUCCAGUAGAAGACUUCCUACCAAGAGCUGCACAGUAAGCAUCCUUCUUAAUUUCUCUAAUCUAUUAAUUUCUCUAAUCUGCUCAUUUAUUUUCUUUGAUUUUAAUUUUAUACGUCUAGGUGCUUUGCCUAUGAGUGUUUGCGCAUUGUACUUGCAGAGGUCAGAAGAGGGCAUUGAAUCCCCUGGAACUGGACUUGCAAACAUGUGGGAAUCAAACUCAGGACCUCUGAAAGAACAGCCAGUGCUCUUAACCUCUGAGUCACCUCUCCAUCCCUACCCUGCAGUCUCAGGGCACAUGAUCUUGAGAUAGAAUACUUUUAAAUUAUCAACUUAACACAAUCUAGAAUUGACGAGGAUAAAAUUUUCCGUGAGGGAUUGUCUAAAUAGGUUUGCCUGUGCACAUGUCUGUGGGGAUUGUCUUGAUGAUAUUCAUUGAAUUGUAAAGUCUUGCCUGUUAUGGGCGGCUCAAUCCCUAGGGUUGGGCCCUAGAUUGUGUAAGAAUGGAGAAAGGGAGCUGAGUACCGUACAUAUACAUUUAUUAUCUUUAUGCUUUUGAUUGUGGAUGUGACUAGACGCUUCAGGUUUUGCUGCCUUGACUCCCCCUCCCCUCCCCCAUGAUGGAUUCUAAUCUAUAAUGGUGAGCCAAAUAAACUUUCUCUUCCCUAAAGAAACUUUUUGAGUCAGUAUCAGUGACCAAAGGUUUUCAAUUUCAUAGUUUCAGAUUAGGGAUUCUCAGACUACACCAAUUUAGAACGACAACACCCAAGAAAAGGGCUGUCAACUUGGCUUACAGUUGACUGGCCCUGCCUUUCAUUCCUGAACAAAAUGCUGUGUUCCGUAUGCCAGUUUUGUUACUACCCCCGUUUUUAUCUAUGUGUCAUGCAAAGGCACGUUUCUACCAUUUAUUGCACUCUGUUCUGGUAGGCAUCCUUUCAAGCCUUUCUCUUGAUGCAGAAAGCUCAGGCAUCUCACGCUAGACCAACAGAACUCGUCUGCAGUCAGUGGCACAUGCUUUGGCUCUGUGCUAUUUAUCUGCUCUUCUGUGGGCACUGAGUACAGCUUUGCUCACACAGUGUGUCUGUUCACUUAGAAUGCUGCCCUCCCCGCAAUCCCUUAUUCUUCCCAAUUUAUCUACCAAACUUGGUAAGCCCUCUCCACUUAGUUAAUGAUUGUCAUGGACUGUUCCUCAUCUUCGUCACCCCGGAAAAUGAGGGGGUGACAGUAGAGAACAGCAGGUUACUGAUGUGUUUGACUUUAUCCCAGCUGUCUUCAACUAGAUGUGGCAUUCAUCACAUGUGAUCCAGUGUCCCUUACUUUUUCUCCCCUUCAACUCUUUUGGGAGCCUUCAUACUUACACCACGUGGGAUGCUGUGCUGUUGGGAGUGAAUACUGACUGGAUGAAGAAAAUACGGAUGGGUCUUACCCUCUUCUUCUUACUGUGAUCAAAAUACCUGGAAGGACAAGUGAAUAAAGGAAGGGUUUGUCUGAACUCUUGGUUUGAAAGGGAUUGUAAUUUGUCUUGGCUGGAGGGAGCUGGGGUGGGAAUGGCUCAGCCUUGAUGGCAGAAACUUGUAGCAAUGAUUUAUACCAACUACUUAUAUCAGUAAUUUUGAGAAUGGGUCUUGACCUUAAGCAAAGGAUCUAAUACAAGUAUUCCCAGGAUCACACAGAAAGUGCCCUUAUACUCAGCAGAUGGUCCUUACGGGGCAGGAGGAGGAGAAGAAAGAACCUGUUGUGUGACAAGUUUGCUGGAAGGACAAGGGUGGAUCUCUGAUUGUGCCAUUGCCUGCCCUGUGCUUCCCACCUGGGUUCAAGGCAGAAAGUUUUGGUGAGAUUUAAAUGCUGGUGUGGUUUCUACUUUUUAUUUUGACCCACCUAGUGCCAGUGUCACAGGCCAGCACUGGGAAGCAGACCUGCUUUCUGGUAGUGCAGUCACAUUUCUGAGUCUUUCUCUUCAGCCUUUGCAUGUUGCUAGUGGCAUCAGUAAGGAUUGUAAGGUGCAGAAAAGUAGCAGAUGCUUUCUGUGUUUGGGUUCUUGUGAGGACUCUGGGGCCCCACUUCAUCUCGGACGUCUGCUCUCUAGAAGUUAGGAUUCCUUAAGAUUCUGUUUACAGCUCUUUGUCUUCUCUCUGAGUGUUUCUACCCAUUUCCACUCUUCCUCCCUUGGUUGUUAUCUGUUUUAGUUUGGCUUUGUUUGGGGGUUUUAUUGGGGGGGAGUUACUUUGUUGGGAGUUUUUUGUUUGUUUGUUUGUUUGUUUGUUUGGUUGGUUGGUUGGUUGGUUGGUUAGCUUUUGUUGUGUUUUUGUUUUUCAAGGCAUGGUUUCUCUAUGUAGACCAGACUGCCUCUGCCUCCCAAAUGCUGGCAUUAAAGGCAUGUGCCACCACUCCAGGCUUCUUCUGUUGUCUGAUGAAUACCACCCUAGUAUUUCAUCUUCCAUCAGCAUCAAACUGGACGACUGAUGAAGCUUUAGGUUUGUCAGACAGUUUAUUAGUGUGGUCCCAUUAUCACUUUCAAGUCUUCACAUCAAGAGAGAUCUUAGUUACUGAGCAGCUAUGCUCACUGCUCCACCACCAGUGCAGAAUCUCGGAAGAUUAACAGUGACUUAAGGAGCUGAUUGACACGUGCCUGUGUGCCCGGUGAUACAGUGUUGCUCUAAACAACACAGAGUGAGGUUAAGUCAUAUAGAAUUCUUUGAUUUAAGAGUUAUUGCAGGUUGGGGAUUUAGCUCAGUGGUAGAGCGCUUGCCUAGCGAGUGCAAGGCCCUGGGUUCAGUCCCCAGCUCCGAAAAAAAGAAAAGAAAAAAAAAAAGAGUUAUUGCAGAGACCUGCCCCUGCCUCCCAUACCUUCUCCUACUACCUUAGGAUAGAACCUAGGACCUUCUGCAUGCUAGGUAACCGCUUACCACUGAGACCUUCCUCCACCCCCUUUCUGUUAUUUAUUAGCUUCAGAGGGGACAAUUAAAAUGUACACAAUAAACUUUAAGAUGUGGCCAGGCAACUGUAAGAUGUUAGGAGCCUCUAGUGAACGUCUUUCAGAGUUGGCGAACCAAGUGUUAGUUAGAAGCAAGAAUUUAGCGAUAGGGAGCACUGACAAGUGUCUGAUGAGAGAGAGCACAUGUUAACAACGGUGGCCCGGGUGUGGUAGAUUGCUCAUAGUGCUUCUUAAAUUUGCACUAUGGCAGUAUUUCACCUCUGACUUCACCUGUACCUUUGAAGUACUUUGAAAUACCAGACUGCUCUUAUAGUUUCUCUAGUACUUAACAUAGCACCUUCUGUAGAGUAGAUGCAAACAACUGCCUUUUGGUAUGGAAUUGGGUGAUUUUGCUGUCUUACGCCAUGCUGGCCUUGAACUCUGAUCUCCUUGCCUCUAGUUUUCAGUAGCCGGGGUUUACAAACAUAUUCCAUCGCACCCAACUGUUUAAAUACUAUUAAAUUGGUUUAUUUAAUAAAUGGAAAUCAGUGCUGGCAGGCUAGAGGUAUUGUAGUAUUUUGUAUGGUCCUUGCAGACUGAUUGAUUUAAGGUACAUGUUGUAUCUGGAAGACCAUCUCUAGAUAUGUCAUUGCCAAUUUGAACCUUAAAGAAAAGUUUCUCCUGGAUACCCUUGCACUUAGCUUCGAUGGCUGUAGAAGAAAGCUGCACUGGUUUGGUUGGGAGCGUCCAUACCAGCACAGGCCCUCACUUACCUCACUAACCCCAUGAAGGCUGUCCUAGCAGUACUGACUCUGCCUCAGUAGAUUAGGAGUUCUCUCUCACACUGAAACAAACUUAGAGUUAUCAUUUUGAAUCUUUAAAAGUUUGUCCCAAGUAAAGGAUGUUUAAAGAGGAACUGUUUUGCCUGUGUCUCUACAGCAGUUGAUUUAUUCUCACCUUUUGUACAUGGCGUGUUAUUUUCUAAGGACUACUUAGUUCUGAUUGUAGAUGAAGCCAGCCCCAGCUUGCUGUGGGCUGACUGUCAGCUAACCUCACACCUGUCUCUAUCUGUUACUGCUUUUAAUAUCGGUUACAGAAAUAUGUAUGCACAUGUGUGUGCAAACAAUGGUGGGGUAGAGAAAGCCGCUUCCUAAAAGGAGAAAAGCAACUGCUUCUCGGUAGCAACCUCUCCACCCCCACCUCUUCACAGGCAGCCACAGUUAAUCCCUCCAAGUUUGACUGGAACAGCUGAGAGCACACCCCACAUAUUUGCAGGCCUCCAGUGGACUCAUGUUGCUCAGAGUUGGGGCCACCUUCCUCUUUUCUAGCUGACUCCUGCCAGCUGUCCUUGCUCCUGUUAAAUAAAGCAGGAGGGAGCUGUGUGUUAAAUGAUACAGAAACAUACAGUGUCAUGAAAGGGCCCUUUACUGCAUGUAUCAGUGCGGCUUUUUCUGCCAGUUCUUUCUCUGGCUGGGCUUCAUGCUGUUAAUCCUAACACCUGUCUCCACCGGAGACAGUGAGAAGGAAGAGUGUGUGUGUGUGUGUGUGUGUGUGUGUGUGUGUGUGUGUGUGUGUGUGUGUGUGUGUGCACGCACAUGCGCAUUCCUGCCCAAGGGAGGGCUAGAAAAAUAAUACAGUCCCAUUUGCCUCCAAUGCCCUAGGUUGGGAGCAUUCCCUUUGACACAGAGCCUGGGACGUUACGUUACUUCAGCUUUGGAUGCCUUGUGCUUCUGGCGUUGUUUGCUGCUUUAAGAAGCCAGAGGUCUAUUCUCUGGUUGUCGUCUUCUGCCUCUUGCCCUUCUAGUGGAGUUGUCAGUUAAAAACCAAUCCCUAGUGCUGUCUUUAGUUGGAAUGUUUUGCUUUUCUUUGAGCAUCUCCUAUAUGUACUGCUGAAUCCUUUUGCUCUGAACUAAACUCUGACUUUACCGGCUGAGCCAGCACGCCUGCCUGUGUAGACGGGGAAAGAGAGGCAAGGAUUUUUUUUUUUUUUUUUGAGGGUGCUUUUAGUUCCCUUGACAGGACACAUAAAACUAGAAAAAAAAUUGAGGUGCUUUCUGUGCGGUCCAGAUCUGGAGUCUCUCCCUCUGCUAUGUAUGGUGUAUAUUGCAUGGACUAUCAGUAUCCUCUUGUCCAGGGUAACCAGGAGCCAACAACAACUCCUGACGCAAUGGUUCAGCCUUUUACUACCAUCCCAUUCCCACCACCUCCACAGAACGGAAUUCCCACAGAAUAUGGAGUGCCACACACUCAGGACUAUGCCGGCCAGACCAGUGAACAUAACCUGACACUCUACGGGAGUUCACAGCCCCAUGGAGAACAGAGUAGCAAUUCACCCAGCAACCAGAAUGGAUCUCUCACGCAGACAGAAGGUGGAGCACAGACAGACGGACAACAGUCACAGACACAAAGUAGUGAAAAUUCAGAGAGUAAAUCCACGCCCAAGCGACUACAUGUCUCUAAUAUUCCCUUCCGCUUCCGGGACCCUGACCUCCGGCAGAUGUUUGGGCAGUUUGGCAAAAUCCUAGAUGUGGAAAUAAUCUUUAAUGAGCGCGGUUCCAAGGGAUUCGGGUUCGUAACUUUCGAGAAUAGUGCUGAUGCAGACAGGGCCAGGGAGAAAUUGCACGGCACCGUGGUAGAGGGCCGUAAAAUCGAGGUGAAUAAUGCUACCGCACGGGUCAUGACCAACAAGAAGAUGGUCACACCAUAUGCAAAUGGCUGGAAGUUAAGCCCAGUAGUUGGAGCUGUGUACGGCCCUGAGUUAUAUGCAGCAUCCAGCUUUCAAGCUGAUGUGUCCCUAGGCAAUGAGGCGGCUGUGCCCUUGUCAGGAAGAGGGGGCAUCAACACUUACAUUCCUCUAAUCAGUCUCCCUUUAGUUCCUGGCUUCCCUUACCCAACUGCAGCCACCACAGCAGCCGCUUUCAGAGGAGCCCAUCUGAGGGGCAGAGGGCGGACAGUGUAUGGUGCAGUGCGAGCGGUACCUCCAACAGCCAUCCCCGCCUAUCCAGGUGUGGUUUACCAGGACGGAUUUUACGGUGCUGACCUCUAUAUAGAAUCUGCAAACUGCUUCAGAUCAAACAGGGUGGAUAUGCAGCCUACAGAUAUGCACAGCCUGCUACUGCAACCGCAGCCACAGCUGCUGCAGCCGCUGCAGCCGCUUACAGCGACGGUUACGGCAGGGUGUACACAGCUGACCCCUACCAUGCCCUCGCCCCUGCCGCCAGCUAUGGAGUUGGCGCUGUGGCGAGUUUGUACCGAGGUGGCUACAGCCGAUUUGCCCCCUACUGAAGUGACGUGAGACCCCUGCAAAUGGGACAGCCCCCAGUUCAUGAGGCCUGGCUAUUGCAAUAUUUACUAGUAGAGGACUCUAUAGCAAGAUGAAGAGGAAAACAAACAAAAAAGAGAGAAUACUUUUUAUACCUCACUGUGUUCUUUGAAUAUGUAUUUUUCCUUUAAAUUUCUGCCUUUAAUUCUUUUGUUCCAAAGAUUGUGCUUUUUUUGGUUUUGUUUUUGUUUUUGAAUUUUUGUUUUUGUUUGGAGGGGGGGUUGUUUUGGGGUUUUUUUGUUUUGUUUUUUGUUUUGGGGUUUUUUGUUCUUAUUUUUGCUUUUUUUUAAAACUGUGGUUAAAAAAAAAAAAAAGAUAGUGCAUUUCCACGUCUGUAUGUCCACGCUCAGCUUAUUCUGUCGGUCACAGAAGAGGCAGUGGAGGAGGAAGGAGCUGAUACAUGCAUUUGACCAGAAGCCAGCAGACAGAAUUACCAAAGUGGAUCUGGUGCUGAUGGCUGGGGGGACAAGCAGAGUGGGGGCCAGCUCUGCAGCAGUGUGCCCUUCUGGCCUGACUCUGGCUGGAGGCUCUGACUGGCUGUGGCUGGAAUCCACAUGCCUUUCGGUAGGAGUUUGUGCUUACAAAGCAAGAGAAUUUAAAAGAUGCUUUUCUCUCCUCUAACCUCCUGCCUUUCUAUUCGUUUUACAAUCAUUGACAGGUACAGCCUGAGAGUGUUGUCAUGGCUUUUGGAAUUACAGUGCUGGUAUUCCCAAGCAUGCUCUCAGACUGUGGAUGAGAAACACCUCAGUACAAAAAUGAUCUUGAAGUGAGCUCCCAAAUAGGAAAACACUUGUUUCUUUUCCUUUCAGAAAUCUCAGCAUCCUUGCUGGGCUGUUGCCCCUUUAAUUGAGCCACUGUGCUGCAACUCCUCUGUUCUUUUAUUAACAUGCUACUCCCAUGUCCUCAAGAUUCAGGAAUCGGGAUCUGGGAAUGGAAGAAUGAAUAGUCAGUGGCCAGAUUUCCCCCCAGAUAUCUGGGCACAGUAUGAGGAUUAAAAGUACAAAUUGUUCAGAGCCAUUAAAGAGUGUGUAGAAGAGGAAAGGGGGAUGUUCAAUCUGAUAUCCCUUCAUUUUUCUUGUAGCACGAAGUCAGUACAGAGUAAGAAAGGCAUCGGAAAGCCUCUGCUGGGGCAGGAUAAGGAACCAAGCCCUAGGCUGGCUGUCCUAACAAGUGUGCUGAUGAGGACCAGUAAGGGCAGGCAGAGGCAGUUUGUCCUCACUCCAAAGCCAUAGGAAUUUCCAUCCUCCAGAGCCUCUGAGCCUCCAGCCCUUGUGGCCACUGCAUCCAGCUUCACAGUGUCCUCCAGAGUCACAGCCAAGCACCUGGACCCCUUGGGGAACACUAAGAAGACGGGCCGUGGACUUUAAGCCUACCUUUGAAGGAGGAUGUAAAAUUUCAAGGGUCCUCCUGCACGGGCCAUGGCAGUGAAACCUGGCUUCAGUUUUGUUUCCAAAGGACUUCUUUCUCCCCCAGAUCUGAGAUGUAUUCGAAAGGCAAGGGUCCCACAGAGGCUCCAAAAUGAAGGCAUUAGGAAACCGGAGUGUCAACGGGCUCCCUGGUCAGUUCACCUGAGGGAUCGCUGCUAAGGGGAGUAGUUCAGAGACAUGAGCUUGGGUUUUGUUAGGGUCUGUUUUAGGGUUAUUUUAUUGGGGUUUGGUUCUGUUGUUGUUGUUGUUGUUGUUGUUGUUGUUGUUGUUGUCGUCGUCGUUGCCUCUGCCUCUACACAUUUUUGAGUGAUAAAUGAUUCAUGUCCCUGAAUUAAAGUGGCUGACGUUUGACUGCAUCAAGCAUCCUUUUGUAAGCAGGGAGGCCUUGGCCUACGGCUGACACGUACCGUCUUGCUCUCAGAUCCUAUCUCCCAUUAUAUCUGAAGAGACAACGUGGAAGCUGGAGAGCUCAGUGUAGUCAUUGAUUCUGGGACAACGUGUGAAAUAGGAAACGAGACAGACUGCCUGCCACUGGCCACUUAUGGAGUCCCUUCCCCGAAGCCAAAGUUUGGUUUGUUGUUGCUGUUAUGACAGUCUUCAUUGUAUGUGCAUAAAUAUUUUAGUUAGGGGAAGGGAUAGGCUGGGGCCUCUUGGAGUUCUAGAGAAUGGGGGCAGAGGGAUUUUCCUUUAUUUUGUUUCUUUUUGAGAAAAUUUACUGGCUAAAGGAACAGACAUUUUGGGUCUUUGUUUAAUAAGGGCCAUUCUCACAAAAAGGCAAGCCCCUUCACCUGGUGGAGACUAGGCCAGUCCCUCGACAAUUGUAUCCACAAAGGGCAGAAAGGGAGGAAGAAUUGAAGAAGGCAUCUUUCUUCCUGGACAGGAGUAAGGGUGGUCAUAGCAGGGUGAAAAGGACAGUCCCCAUGGCCCAUGCCGGAGGGGCCAGAGGGGCCUUCGUGCACUUCAGUUCAGCUGGUUCUGGCUGAGGCCUCCAAGGCCAGUCUGUUUGCCAGCACGUCUCUGCUGCAUGUACAGGGACACUCUCCGGUGGGUGCCACUUCCUCAAGCUCCUUCCAAGGAACACUAGAUGGAGUUGGCUUUUUAUGCAAGGGUCUUUGGAUUUCAGGGUGAGCACUGAGAGUUUGGCUCCCCCAAGUGUCUGGGUUUCACUGUAUUGGCCUCAUGGUUGGUCCUCAAGGCCACUGUGUUGGUGUGUUGGACUGAUUUAGGAAGCAGCAGGCUAGAGGAGAAAGGCAUUUUGUGACUCUGUUAGAGGAUUCUGGCUGAUGAUUUCAAAAAGAUGGCUGACGCUGAAUCGCAGUGAGAAGGGUGUUUUCAGUUUCAAAGGCUUCUGCAGCCUGGACUUUUCUAUGCUGCAAAUCUUACUAGAAGCUGGGCUCCUUUAAGGAGACUUGUAGUGAAAACGUUUGUCUGGCUGUUCCCCUUUCAGCCCGGAGAGCUGCCUUAGGUCUUUACUAGAAUUUCUGUGUUACUUAGUUCAACCUCAGCCCAGAAGCACCUUGCUACUACUUGUCAUUUUAGGGCUCUCAGGUUUCCAGGAACCUCUGUCACCGUCACCCUGCAGCAGCCGAUGUCUGAACUGAGCCUGCGUUCUUCCUUCCCUUGGAAACCGCCUGGAGCUCAGCUCAUAGUUUAAGGAGAGCUUGUGGCUGUUCCUCAAACAUGGACUCCUCAGGGGCUGAACUGUUUAGUUUAGGCUGUGCUUUCUUAGAGAUGCAGCCAGCAGGAGUGGCCACCUGCAUCCUGCACCUAGUCAUGUAGCUUCCAGACACGAGGGCUGUAAAAUGAGAAGGGCACGAGGCUAUGCAAGAAGAGCAUGAUGUGCCCCUCCCUCCCUGUGCCAGGUAAAUGAGGCCAGCCAGGGGCAGUCUGGACCUCGGGUGUCGGAAGGCGGGAAGCUGCCUGGCGAUCCUUCCCCUUUGGCCAGCCAGUUCUCCACUACUCAAAAUCUAGCAUGGCAGUGUCUGCAAAAUCGCAGGCUUUCCCCCGGCUGUUAGGAGCAAAGGGACUUUGGGGGGUGGGGACGGGGUUGUGGUGUUUUAAAGCAUAAGUUACCUGUUUGCACUGUUUUCAGAUAGGAAACAAUAGUGGGCACGGUGAACAUCUAAUGUAAACGUGUGUUUUAUUUUGUCAUGCUCUUGAGAAUGUCUGAUCAUUUGUAGUAUACACCAGUAACACUUGAUUCUCUGUUGCAUAAAACACUAUAUUUUUGGAAAUGUUGCUGUCCCACCCUUCCCUCUCCUGUGUACCUCCUUUACCCUUGCUUCCUCAUCAGCCAGGCAGUUGCCAUCCCUGGGCUAGAGCGGGAAACAGGGCCCCACCCCAAGCGGGCUCUGGGUGUCCUAAGCCAGCAUGUGCCCUCUAGGUUACUGAGUGCAGGACAGUCCCUUGGCAGCUUUCCUUUUGAAAGGCUCACCAACUACCACAGGUUGCCAAACUCUUCAGCAAGGCACUAGAAAUGAGCCAGGGGGCACGGGUCCCUGAAGUCUUGUGGUUGGCUGUGGAAGCCAUGUUCUUAUGCAAGUUACCAAAACUGUAGCCAGUUACAGUGUACUCAGGAAAAACGGUGGAUGAGCUCAGCCAUGGCGGUGCUGGCUGGCAGGGAUGGGAACUGAGGACUGCCCAUCAGCCAAGACCUCCCACCCAGGGGGCAGCCCUCUGUACAUGCCAGCGCUGGGGGGUGGGGAGGGCUGCAUUCACCCUGGCAGGCAAAAAGGGAACAGCGAUGCUCUUUCCUUCCCUCCCUCUUCCGGUUACCAAUGCCAGAUUCCCAGGGGCACGCAAGUUUUUGAGUUUUUCAAAAAAUGCUUUUGGUUUGGUUUUUCCGGGGACUGAUGUGCUUUAAUCGCUGUCUGUCCCCAUCAGGACGCCUAGCUUAGCUCUUUUCUCGUAUUUUCUGUUCACAGUAUUUUUGUGUGCCUGCUUGUUGGGCAGCUCAUUUUGGCUGCAUUAUAUAUGGAGUGAUGAACUGAUCCUUUUCUUUCCCUAAGAGACAUGACUUUCCCUGUGUCAGCAUUCAGCUUGUGAAUAGCUAGAGACACCCUGGGGCUGACACGUGUAAGUUAGAGCUGCAGAGCGAACUGAGGCGCUCUCUCAGUUUUUGAGUCUCCAUCUUCUCAAGGCUCAAAGUACCACAGAACCUCGCUCUCCUCCACACCUCUGUGGCAGGGAGUGGCCUGCCUAGCACGUGUGGUUUCCCUGUGGCAGGACAGGUACCACUGGGACAUGGGGGCAUACUCGGAUGCUUGUCCAAUUGACCACCCAGCUGUGUCUCCUUCCUUCCCAUCCUCUCCCAGAGUCACCUCCUAGGGCACCCGAGCUGCUUGCCCAGGGUCCUGUUUCCCUGCUAACUCCAGAGAAGCACCCAGGGCUUUGUGACAGUCUCUAACUCCCUCUCUCCCUCUCUCCCUCCUCCUCAAGAAUCAUAUUGUAUAGUAGCUUUCAGACCAUACAGUAUUCAUUGGGUUACUCCUAUUAUUAUCAAGUAGCUGGAAUUGUGAAGGUUGGAGUAGUUAGAUCUUUAGCUUUUAUUCAUUAUUUUUUGUAUUACUCUCCAUGUGUAUAAAUUAUUGAUCAUGUUGCUGGCUUUUAUAAACUCUUAGCAAAGGAGGGGCCCUGCCUCAGCCUUUGCAAAUGGUAACGAAGCACUGUUUUUAAAUAAAAGAGAGAAACACCA